CUUUAUUUAUUGGUCACGUGUACAUAGAGUACUUGGAGAUUGAGACUGUAAGAUAUGUUGUCACGUAUCUCGUCUGCUAUGGCUAUACAAACUUUUAUUUAUUAAAUAAUCAUUCAAAUUACAGAUCAUUUUUUACUCGCGAGAUACGUAUAUCUUUCAACAUUAUUACGAAAUACACUUUUUUUAAAGAAUUGUUACUUGAAGAAAAUACAAUUAAAUAAUAAAAUAAUUGCGUGAUGAUAACUAGAUAAGCCAAAGUAGAUUCAUGACAUGGCAUUGGACAGUUCCAUAUUGAACUCUGGGAUCAAAUUUUGAUUUACAACAAGGAAACUCAAUUUUAUGAUUUUGGUGCAAAUGGCUGAGAGCAACACUAAGAUUACUCAAGAAACAGACACAAGAAGCAGUCCAAUACGAGAGUUCUAUCUAUUGCUGGUUGGUAAAACUGGUCAUGGGAAAAGCUCGACAGGCAACACUAUUGUGGGAAAAAAUGUUUUUCAAUCCCAGUCCAGUAUGUCGUCUGUGACUAAGCAUCUGUCCUUAAGCGUUGGCAUGUAUGGAGAAAACUACGUCAUCAAAGUAAUGGACACGCCUGGUGUUAUGGACACUUCAGAGAUAGACGAUCCGGUCAAGGCCUCAAAACUCGUCAUGGACCAAAUGAAAGACGUUGUCAUUUUGAAUCCAAACGGCUUCCACGCUUUCUUGCUUGUAUUUAAGUUUGGAAAUAGAUUUACGAAAGAAGAGUUAAAGUCAGUCCAAAUGCUAAAACAAAUAUUCGGUGAAAGUUUUGUACAGAAAUUUUGCAUUGUUAUAAUAACAUUUGGAGAUGUUUUUCAACAAGAAUUUCGAUCAACGGGCAAAAGUUUUAAACAAUGGUGUCUUGAACAAAGCGGUCCUUUUAAUAAUAUCAGACUGGAAUGUCAAGACCGCGUAGUUCUCUUUGAUAAUUCUGCUCAACGUGACGCCAACGUACAUAGAAAACAAAUGGACAAACUUUUGAAGCUUGUGGAGAAUCUUAACACAGGGGGCGACCGAUACACUGACCAACAUUUCCAGAAAGCAAAACGAAGUCGCGACACUUUAUUGCGCAAGAAUCAAAUGAUCCACAUUGACAGCGGGCUGGAGGAGGUCAGUCUCAUUUUAACAGUGUUCGAAUCAAUAGCGAAUUAUGACGUGAAUGAUCGCAGUAGAAAAUUUACAGAAAUAUUCAAUAAAUGUGACGAUCUAUAUAAAAAGUUUUCAGAAAGCGAAACUAAAUCCACAACUAUCAAAGAUUUUUUACAGCUGAUAACAGAUAUGAAAAUAUCCAGCUCCAAGUUUGCUGAUGAAUGUAAAAACAUUCGUCAGAAACUGAUACAAAAUAAGGAACGUCUUAAAGAAGAAUCGCAAAGAAUUAAAAGUGUGUUAACUGACUUUAUAUCUGUUGGAGAAGCUGGCAGUGUUUCGAAGCCUGAUUCUGAAAAAAAGGCGGGAAACGAAAGCAACUGCAACUCCUGUGAGAUUGAUCCAGUUUUGGAACACGGAGAUCAAUGGAACAGAAGGUUAGAGGUCAAAAGUAACAGUGUCACAAGAAGUGAAAAUAAUUUGUGGGAUGUUGACUCGAAAGUGUUAAAGGAUAAAGUUAUGAGCGAAUUUGAAUCUGAAAAUACCAUGCAACAAUUAAUAGCAGAAGAGAAAGAGCUACAAAAUCAGCUGAUUGACCAAAAUACUAAACUUCACAAAAUGAUCAAAAAACAUUGGAAGACUCAUACUUUAAUACAUGACAAAUGUAAUACUAUUUUGAGAACACAAACUGCAUGCAAUAUAUUUUAAUUUUUGUUUGAAAUGUCGCAUUUUUUUACUUCGGUCACAUAAACAAUUUAAUAUUAUACGAACCUUUUUUUAAGUAUAUAUUUCUGCUUAUUUAUUCAGAGCAUAGCUGUGAAACGUAUAUUUGUUUAAUUAUAUAUGAAAGUAUUAGCAAGCGUGAAUUAUGUGUUUUAUGGUAUUCUUUGUUUCUAAGGUUUUAUAUCACCAGUAAUAUUUCCAUUUAUAAAAAAUAUUUUUAGGAUCAUUUCUUUACUGUACUCUUACUAAGAAUUAUCUUUCACAUGUUGAUAUUUCAAAAUAUUUUUCUUUUAACUGAAUUUAUAUUAAUAUUGUUGUAACUCUAAGGCAAGCACUCAACGAAAGGCAGGAGGUAACAACGAGGUAUUUAUUUACAGUACAAAUAGGCAUGGACUUCAGCUAUUAGUCCCGGAGUGUCUUAUCUCAAGUGACACCAGUCCUUUCCUACCUAAAUACCAAUACAGACCACCGACACACUUCCCAGUGCCGCCCCAGGUCCUCAACACAUUUCAUGGAUAGCACCAAGGACGUUCUCUCGAGUCACUUAGACUUCCAUCACUUUAGCCGGACCCACAGCAGUCCUUCUUCCUGUCUAAACAUGUCUUCUACUGCUUGUGUUCAAUGGCGCUCUGAUGCGCACCAUCAGUGUGGCUCGGAUGUGGAGUUACAACAGUAUGUUUACUUCAUACUUGUAGAUACCUAUGUGUCAUUUGGUUUACACGAGUAGUCAGUUACUUAUACAUAUUUUUAUCGAUUUAUAUUGCUUUAAUUUCUACUGUUAACCUUAUAUAUGUUGAAUGGUAAAAAUACUUUUUGUACAUUAAUAAUAAUAUAAAUUAAUAUUUAUAAACUUUGAUGUUUAGAGCGUUCAUUUGUUAUAAAAAAAUGUUGUUAAUAUGAUUCAUUAUGUUAUUUGGAACGCUUAGUGAAAUCUGGUUUGAUGCAUUUAUGUGGAUAUCAAUUAGGUACCUGCUCAGAACACUAUAUUCAACCACUACUUUGUAUGUUUUGAUAAUUAAAUAACCUAACAUUGAA